UUUGACAGGAGCCAGGGAAGCCGCAAAGGACGCGGAGGACCGCCGGGUGCUGCGAGGGCAGCUGGUGGAGUCGGGCCGCCCGGAGCGGUGGGGAAAGGACCUCGAGCGCCCCUCCGCCGGCAACCCGGCCGCUCUGCCAGCGCGCAGGGCGCGGCCGCUGCUCCGACCGAGUGCCGCCCGCGCCCUCCGUGGCCGAGAGCCGCGCCGUCCCCUUGCCAUCCCCGCGCCGGUCAGCAUGCUGCUCCCCCAGCUCUGCUGGCUGCUCGCCGCGCUGCUGCCGCCGGCGCCCGCGCAGAAGUUCUCGGCGCUCACGUUUUUGAGAGUGGACCAGGACAAAGACAAGGACUGCAGCUUGGACUGUGGCGGCUCCGCCCAGAAGCCCCUCUGCGCCUCCGACGGGAGGACCUUCCUGUCUCGCUGCGAGUUUCAACGCGCCAAGUGCAAAGACCCCCAGUUAGAAAUUGCCUAUCGAGGAAGCUGCAAAGACGUGUCCCGGUGCGUGGCCGAGAGGAAGUACACGCAGGAGCAGGCCCGGAAGGAGCUGCAGCAGGUGUUCAUCCCCGAGUGCAACGAGGACGGCACCUACAGCCAGGUCCAGUGUCACAGCUACACGGGCUACUGCUGGUGCGUCACACCCAACGGGAGGCCCAUCAGCGGCACCGCCGUGGCCCACAAGACGCCCAGGUGUCCAGGUUCCGUAAAUGAAAAGUUACCCCAGCGGGAGAGCACAGGAAAAACAGUCUCCUUGCAAAUCUUUUCCAUUCUGAAUUCAGAUGAUGCCUCAGCGCCCGCGCUGGAGACUCAGCCUCAAGGAGAUGAGGAAGAUAUUGCAUCACGUUAUCCCACGCUUUGGACUGAACAAGUUAAGAGUCGGCAGAACAAAACCAAUAAGAAUUCAGUGUCCUCGUGUGACCAGGAGCAGCAGUCGGCCCUGGAAGAGGCCAGGCAGCCCAAGAACGACAAUGUGGUCAUCCCCGAGUGUGCCCACGGUGGCCUCUACAAGCCAGUGCAGUGCCACCCAUCCACGGGCUACUGCUGGUGCGUCCUGGUGGACACUGGACGCCCCAUCCCCGGCACGUCCACCAGGUAUGAACAGCCGAAAUGUGACAACACGGCCAGGGCCCAUCCGGCCAGGACGAGGGACCUGUACAGGAGCCGCCAGCUCCAAGGUUGUCCCGGUGCCAAAAAGAAUGAGUUUCUGACGAGUGUGUUGGACGCGCUGUCCACGGACAUGGUCCAUGCCGUCUCCGACCCCUCCUCCCCGGGCAGGCUCUCGGAACCCGACCCCAGCCACACGCUGGAGGAGCGGGUGGUCCACUGGUACUUCAAGCUGCUGGACAAAAACUCCAGCGGGGACAUCGGCAAAAAGGAGAUCAAGCCCUUCAAGAGAUUCCUGCGGAAGAAGUCCAAGCCCAAGAAGUGCGUGAAGAGGUUCGUGGAGUACUGCGACGUGAACGACGACAAGUCCCUCUCCAUCCAGGAGCUGACGGGCUGCCUGGGCGCCACCAAGGAGGAGGGCAGAGCCGACUCUCGGAAGCGGCACACCCCUAGAGGAAAUGCUGAAAGCGCUUCUAAUAGACAGCCGAGGAAGCACGGAUAAGUGGCGCGUGCACGGCAGAUGCUCGACCCUCGGCCGACUCCCUCACCAAAAAGCAAUUAAAAAAGCAAAACCAAACACA